CGCAGUCCUGCGGACAGAGCAACUUUAGCCCCAAUCCGAAAUUGGCGAUGCAGUACAUCGUGGGAGGGCAGGUGGCAACUGAGGGCGACUUCCCAUGGCAGGUGGGUCUUGUUGAGAAUGGAUAUCUGAUCUGCGGAGGAACCUACGUGAUUGGCAACGAUGGAAGCCCGAAGGUGAUUACCGCCGCUCACUGCCUGAAUGGAAAGAAUCCAAGGCCGGCUGACUACUCCAUCGUUUUCGGGAUGCAAAGCACAACUUCUGCUGGGAGUAGAAAAGUGAUCCAGGCCACGUCCAUUAAACCUCACGCUGGAUACAACAGUAACACCAUGUCUAACGACAUCGCUGUGAUUAGCUUUGGUUCGACUGCCGCCAGCGUAAUUGCCACCACGUUCGCCUCCCCCGCCUGUCUGCCUUCAAGAAUAUACGCUGAUGCCGAGAUGUCGCUUGUCUCGGGCUGGGGAACAACAUCUGAAGGAGGAUCAAGCUCCAGCGUCCUUCGUUACGUAUGGAAACCAUUGUUGAGUUUGGCCAACUGCGAAAACACAGGCAACGCAGGAUCCCUUGACAGCACAAUGCUCUGCGCUGGACAGACUGGAAAGGACGCUUGCCAGGGCGACUCUGGUGGCCCUCUUGUUGCCUACAGGAACACUCAAUGGGAACUCAUCGGUGUGGUCAGUUGGGGUUACGGGUGUGGUGCGUUCAACUAUCCCGGAGUGUACGCCGACACAUGGGCGCUGCGAUCCUGGAUCAACGCAAACCUCUAG